GGAGGGGGGCGAGGGCAGCGGGAGCCGCGGGUGGCGGCGCAGCGCAGCGCAGAGCGGCAGCGGCGGGAGCGCGGGCGGCGGGCGCGGAGCCCCCGCGCCAUGGGCGGGCGGCGCGGAGCGGCGGCGCUCAGCCGGCCCCGCCGGGGGUAGCCGCCCGCGCCCCGCACCCGCGGAGCCCGGCAUGAACUGAGGCGGGCGCGGAGGAUGGCGAGCGCCCUCGGCCCGCGGUGGCCCCUGCGCCCGGCCCCGGGCGGCGGCGGCGGCGGCAGCGGGGGGCUCCUCUUCGUGCUGCUGUGCGCCUCGGCCGGCCUGCCCCGGAGCGGCCAGCAAGUGCUGCGGAUCGGAGGGAUAUUCGAAACUGUGGAAAAUGAACCUGUUAAUAUUGAAGAAUUGGCUUUCAAGUUUGCAGUCACCAACAUUAAUAGAAACAGAACACUGAUGCCUAAUACCACAUUAACCUAUGACAUCCAGAGAAUUAACCUUUUUGAUAGUUUUGAAGCCUCAAGAAGAGCAUGCGACCAGCUCGCGCUUGGUGUCGCUGCUCUGUUUGGACCUUCCCACAGCUCCUCUGUCAGCGCAGUGCAGUCCAUCUGCAAUGCACUUGAAGUACCACAUAUUCAGACCCGGUGGAAGCACCCUACGGUGGAUAACAAAGAUGCUUUUUAUAUCAACCUCUAUCCAGACUAUGCAGCCAUCAGCAGAGCAGUUUUGGAUCUUGUACUAUACUACAACUGGAAAAUAGUAACAGUAGUAUAUGAAGACAGCACAGGUCUAAUUCGCCUGCAGGAGCUCAUCAAAGCCCCUUCUAGAUACAACAUUAAAAUCAAAAUCCGCCAGCUGCCCUCUGGAAAUAAAGAUGCCAGGCCUUUACUCAAGGAGAUGAAGAAGGGCAAGGAGUUCUACGUGAUAUUUGAUUGCUCACAUGAAACGGCAGCAGAAAUCCUAAAGCAGAUUCUUUCCAUGGGAAUGAUGACCGAAUACUACCACUACUUUUUUACAACACUGGAUCUAUUUGCAUUAGACCUGGAACCAUACAGAUACAGCGGAGUAAAUAUGACAGGGUUUCGCCUGCUCAACAUUGAGAACCCGCAAGUUUCAUCGGUCAUUGAGAAGUGGUCAAUGGAGCGUCUGCAGGCACCACCAAAACCAGAGACUGGCCUCCUCGAUGGCAUGAUGACAACUGAAGCAGCUCUGAUGUACGAUGCUGUUUACAUGGUAGCAGUGGCCUCCCAACGUGCCUCCCAAAUGACUGUCAGCUCCCUGCAGUGCCACAGACACAAGCCGUGGCGUUUUGGACCCCGAUUUAUGAAUCUGAUAAAAGAGGCACGGUGGGAUGGUCUAACAGGGCGCAUCACCUUCAACAAAACGGACGGCUUACGGAAGGAUUUCGAUUUGGACAUUAUUAGCCUCAAGGAGGAAGGAACGGAAAAGGCUGCUGGCGAGGUUUCUAAUCAUUUAUAUAAAGUGUGGAAGAAGAUCGGGGUUUGGAACUCAUACAGUGGCCUUAACAUGACGGACAGCAACAAGGAUCGGUCGACCAACAUCACGGAUUCAUUGGCUAACCGGACACUGAUCGUCACCACCAUUUUGGAAGAUCCCUAUGUUAUGUACAAGAAGUCUGACAAGCCCUUGUAUGGAAAUGACAGAUUUGAAGGUUAUUGUCUGGACCUACUAAAGGAGCUGUCAAAUAUUUUAGGCUUCAUCUAUGAGGUCAAACUAGUUUCUGAUGGUAAAUAUGGAGCCCAGAAUGACAAAGGAGAGUGGAAUGGGAUGGUCAAAGAACUCAUAGAUCAUAAAGCUGAUCUGGCCGUUGCUCCUCUCACUAUUACCUAUGUAAGAGAGAAAGUAAUUGAUUUUUCCAAGCCCUUCAUGACUCUUGGAAUCAGUAUCUUGUAUCGAAAACCCAAUGGGACAAAUCCUGGUGUUUUCUCCUUUUUAAACCCUCUUUCUCCUGAUAUUUGGAUGUAUGUUCUCCUAGCCUGCCUUGGAGUCAGUUGUGUCCUCUUUGUCAUUGCAAGGUUUACACCAUAUGAAUGGUAUAACCCCCACCCGUGCAACCCAGACUCAGAUGUGGUGGAAAACAAUUUUACUUUACUAAAUAGUUUCUGGUUUGGAGUUGGAGCUCUCAUGCAGCAAGGAUCAGAGCUGAUGCCCAAAGCUCUUUCUACCAGAAUAGUUGGAGGAAUAUGGUGGUUUUUCACCUUAAUCAUAAUCUCAUCCUAUACUGCCAACCUGGCUGCCUUCCUGACUGUGGAGAGGAUGGAAUCCCCCAUUGAUUCAGCAGACGAUUUGGCAAAGCAAACCAAGAUAGAGUAUGGGGCUGUUAGAGAUGGAUCCACAAUGACCUUCUUCAAGAAAUCCAAAAUAUCAACAUACGAGAAGAUGUGGGCGUUCAUGAGCAGCAGGCAGCAGACAGCGCUGGUGAAGAACAACGAUGAGGGAAUCCAGCGUGUGCUCACAACAGACUAUGCACUGCUAAUGGAGUCAACCAGCAUAGAAUACGUGACUCAGAGAAACUGCAAUCUCACCCAGAUCGGGGGGCUCAUUGAUUCGAAAGGCUACGGAGUGGGAACACCUAUAGGGUCUCCUUACAGAGACAAGAUCACCAUCGCCAUCCUCCAGCUCCAGGAGGAGGGAAAGCUGCACAUGAUGAAGGAAAAGUGGUGGCGAGGCAACGGCUGCCCCGAGGAGGACAGCAAAGAAGCCAGUGCUCUUGGGGUGGAGAAUAUUGGGGGCAUCUUCAUCGUGCUCGCUGCAGGGCUUGUUCUUUCCGUGUUUGUAGCCAUUGGUGAAUUUAUAUAUAAAUCAAGGAAAAACAGCGAUAUUGAGCAGUGUCUUUCUUUCAAUGCGAUAAUGGAGGAGCUUGGAAUUUCACUCAAGCAUCAGAAGAAGCUAAAGAAAAGGUCAAGAACUAAGGCGAAAUCUUCAUUCACAAGUAUCCUUACUUGUCACCAGAGGCGGACACAGAGGAAAGAAACCAUAGCGUGAGCAAGAGAGACCCCUUUGAGGAAAUACCAGGAACAAAAAACAUAACAAAAAUGUUGUUGCCUAUCAGUUGAUUGUGGUGGGAUUUCUGAAAUAUAGACAUUGACCUUGUUCGUCAGAAAUUCUCUGUGGUUUCUUUUUUUAAUCUAGAGGUACAACAGUUUAAAUGCUCACACAGACUGAUGUACUACUAAUCAUCUGGGAAGUGUCUCACUAUUUCUUUUGAGAUGGAUUUGUAUGCUCACCUGUUUUGCAUCUCUCUUCCCCUCCCCAUGCAUCGCUGUAUGUGCUUUCUAAAUAAAUAAAUAAACAAGAGACAGGGUUCUUUUUUCCAAUAA